UGGUUCCCGAGAGCGAGGCGGGCGGCGCGGCAGCGCUGGGCCCGGCAAGCCCGGGCCGGACUGGGGGGGCGCGGGAGUGCCAUGCGGGGGGCCCCGGCCGCCCCCUUCCCACCGCGGCCGAAGCCGAUGCUGCUGCUGCUGCUUCUGUUCUUGCUGCUCUGCCGGACUCGGCCCCAGGGCAGCCAGGGGCCCCUGCAGUGCUAUGGAGUUGGACCCUUGGGCAACCUGAACUGCUCCUGGGAGCUUCCUGGGGACCUGGGAGCCCCCUCCAUGCUGUAUGUCCAGAGCCAGAAGUACCAUUCCAACAAAACCUGGACCGUGGCGGUGCCCACCGGCCAGAACUGGGUGACGAUCCCACGGGAACAGCUCACCACGUCUGAUAAGCUCCUUGUCUGGAUGGCCAAGGCUGGCCAGCCUCUCUGGCCCCCCGUCUUCGUGAACCUCGAAACCCGAAUGAAGCCAGAUGCCCCCCACCUGUACCCUGACGUGGACUUCUCAGAAGAUGACCCCCUGGAGGCCGUUGUCCAGUGGGCCCCUCCUACGUGGCCACCCCAUAAGGUCUUGGUCUGCCAGUUUUACUACCGAAGGUGCCAGAUGCCCUGGGUGCUGCUGGAACCGGAAGUGAAGUCCAUACCUCUGACCCCUAUUGAGAUCCAGGACCUGGAACUGGCCACUAGCUACGAGAUGUUCGGCCGCUGCCGAGUGGACAAAGAGGAGGAUCUGUGGGGCGAGUGGAGCCCCAUUCUGCCUUUCCAGACAUCACCCUCUGCUCCAAAAGAUGUGUGGAUCAUGGGGAACAUCUGUGGGGCACCAGAUGAACAGGAACUCCUGCUUCUGUGGAAGGCUUCAGGGCUCUGCGUGCAGGUGACCUACAGAGUCUGGAUCCAGGUUAAAGAUCAGGAGGUGAUCCAGGAGAUCCCCUGCUGCAACUUCUCCAUCCCCACCCAAGCAGAGUGGGUGGGGGUGUCUGCCGUGAAUGCCACAAGCUGGGAGCCUCCUACCAGCCUUUCUUUGACUUGCUUGGGUCCAGACUUUGCCCCCCAUGGCGUGGUGGUCAGGAGCAUCUCUGGAAACAAAGAGCUGCUGGUGACUUGGCAACAGGAGCCUAGGGAGCUGCAGGAGCAUGUGGUGGACUGGAUUCGAGACGGCGACCCCUUGGAGAACCUCAACUGGGUUCGGCUUCCUCCUGGGAACUUCAGCGCAGUGUUGCCAGUGGAUUUCAAGGAAGGGGUCCCUUACCGAAUCACGGUGACCAUGGUCUCUCCUUGGGGCUUGGCCCCUGCCCCCUCCGUCUGGAAGUUCAGAGAGGAACUAGUACCGUUAUCGGGGCCAGUGGUUUGGCGAGUCCAGGAUACCCCCUCAGGGACCCCUGCCGUAGCGUGGGGAGAGGUCCCACGGCACCAACUUCGGGGCCAUCUCACCCACUACACCCUGUGCACUCAGAGUGGAACCAGGCCUUCUGUCUGCAAGAAUGUGACUGGCAGCACCCGAAACAUGACCCUGCCCGACCUUCACUGGGGUCCCUGCAAGCUGUGGGUGACUGCGUCCACCAUCGCAGGACAGGGCCCACCUGGUCCAAGCCUCCAGUUCCACCUACCAGAUAACACCCUGAACUGGAAAGUUCUGUCAGUUGUCUUUUUCCUGUGGGGUGUGCUCCUGACCAGCUGUGGUGUGAGCCUGGCCACCUGCGGAAGGUGUGUCCACCUGCAGCACAAGAUACUGCCCCACUGGAUCUGGGAGAAGAUUCCUGACCCUGCCAACAGCAAUUUCAGCCUGCCGCACAUGAAGGAGGUGCCCCAGGCCCAGCCCCCUGGCGACUCACCCAUCCUGGAAGUGGAGGAAAUAGAGCAGGUUCCGGUUAAGGAGCCCCCCCAGCCCUUGGCGCCACUGGACUCUGGGUAUGAGAAACACUUCCUGCCCACACCUGAGGAGCUGGGCCUUGUGGGCCCCACUGCAGGCUCCAGGUUACGACCUGAACUGACCUCAGGAGGGGAGAGGGGAGCUCCUUUGACAGAUGAAAACAUAGAGGCUCAGAGCUGAGUCACUUGCCUGAGGACACCCAGCCAAGGAAGAGCUGAGACUCAAGGACCCCUACAGAGAAGGGCCUGGCCCUACAGGGAAAAUGUGGAUGGAUGAGGGAGCAAAGGAAAAAUAUAUGAUAUCCAGAGUGGCAGCUACUCCCCAGAUCUGUCCUGCUGCUAUCACAGAACUGUAGUCAGAUGCAUUCUCAGCCUCCCUUGCAGCUCAGUGUAACCAAGGACUGAGUUCUCACUGGUGAAACCUAAGCAGAGGUGACGUGCAUCAACACUGGGUCUGGGUGGGGGCUCUCCCACAUUCCCUUCCUGUUCCCAUGAGCUGGAGCCUUGAUGUGCCCUGUGAUAUAGCUUUGGCCACAUCCAAGGUGGAGGCAGCGCGAGAAACAGAAAACAGAGUUUCCAAGUGAUCCCGUAGACGUGUCCAAAGAAAUAAAUUGUUUUCUCUUUUGAUAGCUA